AUGUCAGGAGCUGGAAGAGGCAGAGGACGACCUGCUAGAGGCAGAGGUCAGGGAGGUGUUGGUCGUGGUGGUGUUAACCAUGACGAUGUUCAGUUGGAGGAUGCACCUCAUGUGCCGAAUCCUAUGAUUGGAUUUAUCAGAGAUAUCCGCAAACUGGGGGCUGUUGAAUUUGCUAGAGCUACCGAUCCACUUGAUGCUGAGAAGUGGAUUGAAGAUAUAGAAAAGUAUUUUGAGAUGAUGGACUGCACUGAGGUGCAGAAAAGGAAGAUUGGUGCAUUUCUUUCAUCUGGUGAGGCGCGCCAGUGGUGGCAGUCAGAGACCAGGAUGGUUGUGGACAUUACAACUAUGACCUGGGAUGAUUUUAAAACUCGGUUCAAUGACAAAUACUUUCCACAAUCAGUGAAGGAGAAGAAGGCAACAGAGUUCAUGCAACUAGAACAGAAUAAUGAGAUGUCAGUUAGUGAGUACGGGAGGAAGUUUACAGAGCUAUCCCGAUUCACUCCUCACAUUGUUGCGAAUGAGUUACACAAGGUUAGAAAGUUUGAGCGAGGAUUGGUCUCUUAUGUGAAGAAGUUUGUGGUGGGUCAUCGUUUUAACACUUAUGCUAGAGUGGUGGAAUGUGCUAUAGGUCAGUCUUGGCAGAGAGGUAGACAAGAUUGGCGAGCAGGGAAACGGCAGAGAGUUGGUGAAAGUGAGCAAUCCACAGCUUUAGUACCAGCCACACCUCAUGAUGCACAGCCAUAUCAGGUCAGCGGCCAUUGCUAUAAUUGUCGUGAGCAAGGACAUUUGGCUCGUAAUUGUCCUAAGCCUCACAAGAAUAACCAGCAGAAAGGUCAGGCACCACAGCAACAGGGAGGUGCAAGGGUUUAUGCAGUUGUUCCAGAUGGGAGACAGGAUCGUGCACCACCAACAGUGGAAGGUACACUUACUAUUUAUGGCAGUAUAGCUAGAGUACUAUUUGAUUUAGGUUCUUCAUAUUCUUUUAUUGCACUAUCAUUUGUGGAUACACUGGGAUUAGAACCUGGACAUAUAAGUAAUGCCUUAUCUAUUACAACUCCACUCGGGAGCGCGACGACACUUGAUAGAAUAUGUCGUGCUUGCCCUGUUACAAUUGGGGAGUUGGAGUAUCCUAUUGAUUUAAUAGUAUUACGUAUGAGAGAAUUUGAUGGUAUACUAGGUAUGGAUUGGUUGGCUAGAUAUCAUGCUCAGUUGGACUGCCAUGAGAGGAUUAUUGUAUUCUUAGUUCCGGGACAGUUACCUUCUCGAUAUAAGUGUGGGGAGUUUGAGGGCACCAUGACUAUGGGAUUUCUGGCCCACAUCGAGGUGGUUGAGCAAUGGGUGACUAUAGAGUAG